GGAGGGGAGGGGGUCACGUGAGGCGGGCCGGUCACGUGAGGAGGGCGCCGUUGCCAUGGCGAGGGCGGUGCUGGGGUCGCUGUGCCUCUGCUGGGCCCUGGGCCGCGCCGCGCCCCCCAACCUCCUGCUGCUGCUCAUGGACGAUAUGGGUUGGGGGGAUUUGGGAGCUUUCGGAGAGCCUUCGAAGGAAACUCCUAACUUGGACCAGAUGGCUUCGGAAGGGAUGCUUUUCAUGGACUUUUAUACCGCCAACCCCCUCUGUUCGCCAUCAAGGGCAGCGCUGCUGACGGGCCGGCUCCCAGUCAGGAAUGGUUUUUACACCACGAAUGGACAUGCCAGAAACGCAUACACACCACAGGAUAUAGUAGGAGGAAUCCCAGAUUCUGAAUUACUGCUUCCAGAGUUGCUGAAGAAAGCUGGCUACGUCAAUAAGAUCAUUGGCAAAUGGCAUCUGGGCCACAGGCCCCAGUUCCAUCCCCUGAAGCAUGGGUUUGAUGAAUGGUUUGGAUCCCCAAAUUGCCAUUUUGGACCUUAUGAUAACAAAGCAGUCCCCAAUAUCCCUGUGUAUAGGGACUGGGAAAUGAUUGGCAGAUAUUAUGAAGAUUUCAAAAUCGAUCUGAAGACAGGUGAAGCCAACUUGACUCAGAUCUACCUACAGGAAGCUCUCGAUUUUAUUAGCCGGCAGCAGGCCAGCCAGCAGCCAUUCUUUUUAUACUGGGCAAUUGAUGCUACCCACGCUCCUGUUUAUGCCUCCAAACAUUUCCUGGGCUCUAGUCAGAGAGGACUAUAUGGGGAUGCCGUACGGGAAAUUGAUGAUAGCAUUGGAAAAAUCCUAAAACAUCUUCAAAAGCUUGGUAUCAGUGAGAACACUUUUGUGUUUUUCACCUCUGAUAACGGGGCUGCUCUCAUUUCAGCUCCUAAACAAGGAGGAAGCAACGGACGUUUUCUGUGUGGCAAACAAACCACCUUUGAAGGUGGCAUGAGAGAGCCAGCGAUUGCUUGGUGGCCUGGACAUAUUCCUGCAGGAGGGGUCAGUCAUCAGCUGGGCAACGUGAUGGAUCUCUUCACUACCAGCCUCUCCCUGGCGGGUCUGCAGCCUCCGAGUGACAGACAGAUUGACGGCAUCGACCUUUUACCUGCCAUCUUGCAGGGCAAGCUAAUUGACAGGCCCAUAUUCUAUUAUCGUGGCAACGAGAUGAUGGCCGUGAGAGUCGGGCUUUACAAGGCUCACUACUGGACCUGGAGCAACUCCUGGGAGGAGUACAGCAAGGGCAUUGAUUUCUGCCCUGGGCAGAACGUCUCUGGAGUGACAACGCACACGCAGGAGGAGCACACCACGCUGCCGCUGCUCUUCCAUCUGGGGAGGGACCCUGGAGAGAAGUACCCAUUAAGUUUUGCCAGUGAAGAAUACCAAGGAGUUAUGGAGCGAAUCUCUGCCGUGGUGCAGCAGCACAAGGAGACCAUGGUGCCAGGAGUGCCACAGCUCAACGUGUGCGACAAGGCCGUCAUGAAUUGGUCUCCCCCAGGCUGUGAGAAACUAGGGAAGUGCCUGCAACCACCCGAGUCGAAUCCUAAGAAGUGCUUUUGGCCUCAUUGACCUUUUAUGCAGCCCUCAGGAGCUACUCAGAAAAGCCAUAACCAGCUGGACACGGCAGUUUACAAUGCAUGUCUUCUCAUGUUGGCACUCCUGUUUACACAGGAAGGGUGUGAUGUAUGUGUGAUAUCAUCAUUUGCUCUUCCAAAAGGGCCAGUGUUUAUACUGCUAGUGCUCAGGGUUUAGCCUGUACUCCUCUCUUGUUUUAGUUCUUUCCGUAAAUGGUAAAUUCUCAGUGAAGACUACUUCAACUCUAAAAGCUCUCUGGACAAGCACAACUUUGCUGUUAGCUCAGAAGCACCACGGAUGCACCUUUCCUCUGGCUCCUUCCACCCAACCUCUCAAAUCAGCGCUCAUGCAGGAUGCCCCAACAGCAGGCCACGGGGUGCAGGAAACGUACAGUAGCCAGAAAACCCUGCCCAAACUCCCCGUGUUUUCUUUGCCUGUCGCUUGUUGUUUUAACAUCUGAUUUCCAUUGUGCACUCUUUGGACACCAACCUGUUUUUCCCCGUUCUUCCUAAAUCUGCAAGUACUGGGUGCAGCUUUACUGCUGAGCAUCGCUGAGUGCCCACAAGUGCUCCCUCCUGUCCUCGACCAAGGGGUUGGCUCCAGGGACAACAAACACCCUGCGUUCGUGCCAUCUGUAGCUGCAAACGUUCAGUAGGUCAAGUUGUAAAGAAAUUUGAAGAUAGUGCUCCUGUAAGUAUUGCCUUGUCGAUGGCACGCAGCAUGUUCUUGGGGAGCUGCGGGGCAGUUGUUCAGUUAAAGGGGUUUCUUCGUUUCCAAAAAUCUGGGUCCAAAUAUGGUUUAAGUCACGCUUCUGGCCUCAUGAUCUGAGCCCAGCCAACUGCAGGCUCAGAAAUGCCCGUUUACACCAGCUGUUAACUCUUGACCCUGUUUGCAGUCUGUGCUCUCUGAGGAAUUCUCCUUGUGCAAACUUUCCAGGGCCUGGGCGCAGCACUUCUCUAAACAGAGUUCACGGUAAAUGCAAAUUCUUCGCAUAACUCCACGUUGCAAAUUUCUCCUCUGAUUUUGAGCCGUUUUCACACUCCUCACUACUGCUAAUAAACAUUUAUUGGGCAGAACCCAGCCAGGUUAUUGCGGGGACUGCAAGAAUGGCCAGAAGCAAUCAUGAACGCGCCGUUUGCACCAGUGACGGGUCCACUUCCAGCCCUCCUGUGUUUGAGACAGGACGCAUGCCCUUUCUGCGUGGCAUUUUGCUGCCUCGGGACUAUAAACAGUCCUGCUUCCACCCCAAGCAAAGCCUGGGGCUGGCGUGAGACGUGCUGAGAGUUUGUGUUAACCGCUGCGCUCCGCCUGCUGCGGGCUUCUCCGCUUUGUGUUCCUACCUGCCCUGUAAUCCCGAACGCUUUCUCCCCGUUCCCAUGAUUUACGCUACCUGUAAUCUCCUCGGCAGUAAUUCCUCGUGGACGUCUGAUGGAGCUGGAUAAUCCUGUAGGAUUGCAAUGAGCACAGCCCCUGAGUCAGCUCCUCGCACCCCAUCCAUCAGCCUCCCAGCCAGCAGCGCCGGCUGCCAGCCCCUCGCAACCUCGCUGCCUGCUCAUCUGCAGCUGACAUUUGUUUGCAGUCCAAACGUCUUAGCUGCUCUGCCUUGUCCCCGCUGGCAUCUCAAGGCGUUUUUCAGUUCCCUCAUAACAUUUCUCCCCGUUUUGGCAUGGUGUCAUUAGUUUUGAGGCUCAGCUCCCCCUGGUCCUGGUGGUGCUGUUUGGCAGGAGGGCUGGCAGCAGCUGUGUGUCCGCACAGGAGCCCACACGAAACCCCCAGCUUUCCAUUUUCAGGGUCUGAGCCUCCUCUGCGUUAGUGCUUGUGUCACAGAGACGCGUUCAGAGCCCUGUUAUCAGCAGAUAAAGAUCCCACCAGAGGAGGGAGUCCGUCACUGCAGCUUCCUGAGAACUGCUGGCAGCUCUCGCAUUGCUCUGCCCGUGCCUGCUGCAAACUGCACCAGCGCUUUGUCUUUCCGUGUGCUGCUUUUUGAGAGAUCCCAGCACGGGCUCACAGCUCACCAGAGCACUAGCCUGGACAUGUUUCUUCUUCUUACCUCUUGCAGCAUGCACACUGUGAGCAUACUGAGCCCCUGUUGCCCCAUUUCCCCUGCCUGCUGCUUAAUUCUUUUCUUUUUCCCAGCUUGCAGUUUUGCAGCUAGGGCUUUUCGCCCCGUCUGCAGGGCUUGCUCGGACAAGCCGUCCUGUUCUCAGCCUGCUCGGUGUUUGUCUGGUUACCCAGCACCCGAAAUCAUCAUCCCCUGCUGAUACAGGCGCUCGGUGCAUGGGUGCUGGGUGUAAACUUUGCGCUUCGAAGGCUGGCUGCUGCCACAGAGCUGACCUGGUGCUUGUUGACUCAUCUGCUUCGUGUUCAUUUAUUAUAAAAGAUCAAAGCUUCACAUGAAGAAGCGACUGCUUUAAAUUUAAAUAAGCGUAGUAGUUUUAUAGCUGGCUGGCUAGGAAUUUUAAGUCCGUUCCUUUCCCAAAGAUGUACAGAUUUUAAAGCUGUGAGAUGAGGAACCGAUGAAGAUAAAUAAACUCACUUAUCAGCA